AUGGGUGCCUGCCAAUCAUGCCUCGGGCAACGGGACAAGGACACAUACGACGAGCACGAGGAAGAGAGAUUAUUAUACGAAAAUGACGUUACCAUGCAGUACGGCAGCUUCGCCGAGGGUCACGACACCAUUGAGGCCCAACGGGAAAAUGAGGCGUUGCAGCAAGUAGUUGCGAAGGCAUCGAGCAACAUGGUUGAUAUCUUCGAGAUUGCGCCGCAACAGCCAAACGCAGGAUCCUCAGCCGGAUUCGGUUACGCUGGACAAGGAGCCCGGGUCGCGCGCUACCAACACCUUGUAUCAAAACUAUCAUCAGAAGAUGUCGAUCCGUCUGCUGGCAUCAAAAUCGAUUGGUUCACCGAGGACGAUGCGCCAGACUCGCAAAACGAACGCCCGAUGAGCCUCAAGACGUUAGACGGCGACGGUGCGCUUGUCGGAACCUUUGCAGAUGCUGCAGCGGCGAUGGACCAAUAA